AUGGAAAACAUUACCUGGAUGACUAAUCACUCUGGGAAGUCUGAUUUCAUCCUGGUGGGAAUCUUCAGUCAAUCAAUUCAUCCAAUUCUACUGUGUAUGGUAAUUUUUAUAGUUUUUCUGCUGGCUUUGAUUGGAAACAUUGUGUUGAUUUUUCUGAUACAUUCUGAUACCCACCUCCACACCCCCAUGUACUUUUUCAUCAGCCAGUUGUCUCUCAUGGAUGUAAUGUAUAUCUCUGUUACUGUGCCCAAGAUGCUUAUAGAUCAGAUCAUGGACAUGAAUAAGAUCUCAGUCCCUGAAUGUGCAAUGCAAAUGUUUCUCUACGUGACACUGGCAGGUUCAGAGUUUUUCUUUUUGGGUGCCAUGGCCUAUGACCGCUAUGUGGCCAUUUGUCAUCCUCUUCGUUACUCUGUCCUCAUGAGCCGUAGAGUGUGUCUCCUCCUGGCAUCAGGUUGUUGGUUUCUGGGAUCAGUGGAUGGAUUCAUGCUCACAUCCAUUACCAUGACCUUCCCCUUCUGCAGAUCCAGGGAGAUCCAUCAUUUCUUCUGUGAAGUCCCUGCUGUAAUGAAGCUCUCCUGCUCAGACACUUCCCUCUAUGAGACUCUCAUGUACCUGUGUUGUGUCUUCAUGCUCCUCAUUCCUGUGACAAUCAUCUCAAGCUCUUAUUUUUUUAUUCUCCUCACCAUCCACAGAAUGAACUCAGUAGAGGGCCAGAAGAAGGCAUUUGCCACUUGUUCUUCCCAUAUGACUGUGGUAAUCUUGUUUUAUGGUGCUGCUGUUUAUACCUACAUGCUUCCCAACUCCUACCACACCCCUGAGAAUGACAUGGUGUCUUUUACACCAUACUCACACCUGCGCUAA